CUGUCAGCGAAAGCACAAGUUGAAGAAAAGAGAGCUCCUAGCAACCUCCGAUACGACCCAAAGACCAUCCCCAGGAGACCACAGUGAGAACGCCAAAACAAGGAUGCCUUAUAUUCUCAUCAGCACUCAGAUCCGACUGGAGACUGGUCCUACCAUGGUCGGAGAUGAGUAUUCUGAUCCAGUAAUAAUGAACUACCUGGGAGCCAGAAAGACAACAGUAUUGGGCAACAACUUUUCAGAGUACCAUGUGGACGACCCUCCGCGAAUGGUUUUGGACAAGCUGGAGAAGAUUGGGUUCCGUGUGAUAAACAUGACAGGGGUAGGACAGACAUUGGUGUGGUGCUUGCACAAGGAGAUCUGAUCUGAUCUAGGUGGACAUUCAGGAUAAGGAUGUUGCUAAACAUGGAACGUAAGGCUAAGGAGCCACCCAAGGAUUUGCCCUGGGGCUGCAACCAAUAGAUAUAUUGCAGUAUUACAUUAAUGUCGUCAUCCUUCCAUCUCUCAUCUUUUGCUUAGAAUCGAACAGACAGGCCUACAACAUGGUACAGGAGCAUUUCAUAUUGUUUACAUGUGAAUAGAGACAAAGGUCAAAAGCCUAUUUGGCUUUACCCCACAAUCCUAAUGUUUCUGCCUCUAGGGUUUUAGGUACAAAGACUCUUCAUACAUUCCAGAUAGAAUCAGAAUCACAUUGUCAUGAUUCCACAGAAGUAAAAAAUUAUGUUCUUGUGUGGCACUACUCAACUCCCGCAGGCUGCAGUGUCUACAGUCUGCAGGUAUUUUGCUCCAACCAUCGGUAAGAAAGCUAGCUAAGCCAUUAUUGAAAUAAGGUGGUGUGGUUCAUGGUUGGAGCAAAUACCUACAGACACUUUCGCUCACAGGACUUGGAGUUGAGAAGCCCUGUUCUAAUGCUGCUUCAGCAGUGAAGGAAAGAUAUUGUAUCGAGUAUUACUCUUAAGGUUCUGUUCCACUGAAAAAAUCAAAUUUUCAGUCAAAUUCACCUUUUUCUGUUUACUGCUGCAAAUCAUCCCUCAACUAUUCAACUUUCAGGAUAAUACCACCAUUUCUAUCUUUGAAGUAGAUUUUCUCAAAACCUGACUUUGGAUGAUAUUACAGGAAUUUUUCUCAGUGCAUAGUCAUCCUAUCAUCAUAAAACUUUGCUCAAAACAAUUAUUUUAUAAGCUUGUUCAUGUUAGGGGUGGGUACAGAAAAAUGACUCAACAAUCUGGAGGAAAAAAACAACAACAAUCUUCAACCAUGUCUUAUUUAGAAUGUUAAAUAAUUAUAACGAUGGUUCAGAUUAUGGACUGCUACAAAAAUGUUCAAAUUUGUUCAAAUCUUGAAAAAAGUAUGCAAAUAAGCUAUUUUACAUAUUGUUCAUAUCUUUUCAAGUCCAUACCUUGUGAAUUAUCAAGUAUGUACCUCUGAAAUGAUCUGGAAGACCAAAGAUGCAUUUUCGGUGGAACAUAACCUUAAUUCUCCCAGUAUGGAACAUUAGCGAUGGUGCCCUCACUAUAUCAUAAGAGAACAUAGACUUCACUGGGAAAGCCCAGUAUUUAAUUAUCUUCCUUUCUAUGUAGAAGUUAAGAUUAAUGAUGGUAGCAAAUACUAUAUUUUCACUGUGAGAAAUACAAAGGGAAAAAAAGUUGAAAACAUUGUAACUGUGACUGCAUAUCAUUCUGUUAAAUUAAUUAGAAAUAAAUUCAGUGGAUAAUGUUACUCUCAGAACUGUAAUAUUCCAUAUCUUACAAAUUACCAAUUACAAUUACACUGAUAUAAAUGUUAAUAUUCAUCCAGCAUGCUCACAUAAUGCUACUUACAUACAUAAUGUGACAUAAUGUUACACAGAUAGCUACAAGGUUCAUUGGGUCUUGGGUAUAAAACUUCUGCCACUCUUCCAAGAAAAUAUUGCAUUACAUUCUGUCCAGGUUGUUUUGCCAAUAACCAUAUACUAGUUAGGGCCUGUAUACAGUGCAUUUGGACAGUGGUACAAUUUAUGUUCUUUUGGCUCUGUGCUCCAGCACAUUGGAUUUGAAAUGAAACUGAUUAAAGUGUACACUGUCACCUUUCAUUUAAGGGUAUUUACAUCCAUAUUGGAUGAUCAGUGUAGGAAUCGCAUGCCUUUUUAUACAUGGACUAAAAGUGAUCGGACACUUGGCUUCUCAGCUGAUUAGUCAGGUUAUUCAAUCGCUUACUUUGUGCAGGUAUAAGAAACCUUUGAGUAUCUAGUCUUGAUUCAGUCAAGGAAGCCAUUAUGAGGCUGAGAAAUAAGAAAAAAAAAGAAAACCAGGCAGAGACAUAGGCCAAACAAUAGGCUUACCAAAAUAAACAAUUUGGAACGUCAUUAAGAAGAAAGAGAACACUGGUGACCUCAGUAAUUGCAAAGAGGCUGGUAGGCUGCUUGCAUGGCAGCCUAUUGCCGUUGGCAUGUGAGUGUCUGUGUGGAUGGAUGAAUGAGAGGCAUCUGUAAUUGUAAAGCCCUUUGGAUAAAACCACUAUAUAAAUGCAGUCCAUUUAACAUUUACCAAGAUAUCUACAGUUGGUGAUCAAAGAAUUCUUGCCAUAAUGAAGAAAACCCCCGAAAUACCUGUCCAACAGAUCAGAAACACUGUUCUGAAGGCUGGAGUGGAUGUGUCAGUGACUACUCUUCACAAAUAGAUCUACUGAGGCUACACUGCCAGAUCUAAACAACUGCAUACAAGACUGGCCAGGUUACAGAUUAAAAAGUAGUACUGAACAGAGCCUGCACAUUUCUGGAAAAAGGUCUUGUGGACAGAUGAGACCAAGAUUGACUUGUAUCAGAGUGAUGGCAAGAGGCUGAAAUGAACUGCCCAAGAACCAAAUUACCCCACUCAUCUGUGAAACAUAGUAGUUUUGGCAUGUAUGGCUGUCACAGGUAAUGGCUGAGUUGCCUUAAUUGAUAAUGUAACUGUUGAUAAAUGCUAAUAACAGACUCCAAAGUCAAUGAAAAACCUAGAAUCAAAAACUAGAUACUAGUUUUUUACUGAAAGCUGACACCUGACUAAUCAGAAAUAGCUGAGAAGCCAACUGCCCAAUUACUUUUGGUCCCCUAAAAUGGGGGGGGGACUAUGUAUAAAAAGGGAUGCAAUUCCUUCACAUUACCAGAUAUGGAUGUAAAUACCCUGAAAUUAAAGGUAACACACGUUAAGCCCGUAAAAAAAUAAAAUAAAAUAAAAAGGUCUAAAAAUAAAAAAUAAAAUGAAGUAAGUGCUCACUGAGUAUGUACAAUACACUUAGGCUCACUUUUCUACUCAACAGUAUGGCCAGACAAUACACCAAAUUAAAUAUGAAAAAUAAAAAUGACAACAUAUGGCUUUGUGAAAUUCAUGAGCUGGCAGUAGAGAAUUAUUUUUCUUUUCUCAGGGUUUUAUAUAUAUAUUUACACUGUCAGGAAAAACAGCAGCAUAUGAAGGCUGCUACAGUUUCAGCAAAAGGUAAAGAUUUCAAAUACUGGGGAAUACAGGUAAACUAGUGUGGGUGUGUAUAAGUUUCUGACUUAUGAUUGUUAAUGCCCUGAACUGUUUAAAUUAAAUUGUAAAUGAUGACCACUCAAGACAUUCUCUUUGGAUGUAUGCCCAAUUAAUGUUUACUGGUCCAAUAUGUGCCAGUGGUGAAAAAAUGUAGCAAAAUAUUGUGAAUUGUGCAAUUUUCUUUUCCAAAUAUAGACAAUGGCCAGUAUGAAAUCAGCAUUUUCUGUUAACUUUGACUAACAAUUAAAAGAAAAAAAGGUGA